AAUACAAACAAUAAAAUUGUAUUAUUAUUAUCCAGGGAUUGGGGUCCAUGUAGGGUGACCACACGAUGUUGAUCAUAACCAUCAUCACUUGUAUAAUAAUUCAAACAGCUGUGAUGGAAACAUGGAAUUAUAGUGGGAAUGGGGCGACCUCUCAAAAUGGAUUGGAUAACCCAGGCGAAAGUAGUCGAAAUACAUUCACACAUCGAACCCAACUGCCAAGUAGAAGAAGGCAAUUAGGAGGAAUGCCUUUACAUCCAUCUCGAAGACCGCCACCAUCACAUAUAGGCUCAGGUAUUCCUAUCAGCAGCAGCUUUAUGCCUACUCUCUCUUCUCCUUUACGUAUGAGCGAAUCAACACCCGAACCUUCUGUAUUUCUUACGCCCAAUUCGAUCUCGCGUAAAAGGUCACAUUUUACCGCAUCCGCUAAUUUGCCUUCGAAUGACAACAUCUACAAUCCCGAACCUUAUCAACAAUCGCUUGAUAGCCAUUCAAGGAGAUCAGCUCAUAUACACCAUUCGCCAAUGGAUGCGCCAGAUUUAGGUGAUAGCUCUGUUUUAUCAUACGGAUCUAUUCCGACCGGUUCUCCAACCAACAAAUACGGCUCUUGGUCUCGAAAGACAGGCUCAUUACAAACAAGUCACUUUUCAGAACCCCAAACAAGUCAACCUCUCAGACCGCCUCAAGGUGAAUUCAGUUUCCAAGCACAAGCACCAUCCUUCUUUCAGUCAAGUGUCAAUCACACAGAAACUUCAACAUCACUUACAAACGAACAACAAGGCGAGACCAGUUCUAUGGCUUUUGCUCGACUUGCACAAGCACAGAGACAACAGCAGGAGGCCAGAAGGCUAGCAGCAUCAGGAGCAAACGAUGCCCCUGAAAGUGGCUCGGCUGAUGAUCAUACUGACGGACCCCCUGUAAAGAAGAGAAGGGGUGUUGCAAGUACAAUUGUGGAUGGUGCUUUGAGCGCGGCUCUGUAUACAGGAGCAGCUGCUCUGACAGCAUAUUCGUUGUGGUCUAGCUGGGGAAGAAAAGAGGAGUCAGGAGAAGAAGCAUCAGGUGCACAAGAUAACGAAGGUUUGGCUGAAACUCGUGAAAAGCUGCCGCCAGGCGCAUUGGAAGAACCGCCUCCGCCGUAUACGAUAGCAGGCAGCUCAAAAGGGUCUGGUGAAUCACCCAUGAAGAAUGGAAGACCGGUUCAUGUCUUCGUCUCGUCAAGAAGGAGAAGACCGGUCUUUGCUACACACCGAUCAAGCAAGAACGCAUCAAAGAGAAGGUUGAGUGCGUUGAAUGAUCUCGCACAACAGUCACCAUCAGUGAUGUCAGACAGCACUUCCCAACAAGAAGAUGGGGAUGACGACGACGAUGAUGAUGAGAUGUUCAGACGCUUCCAGUCAAAGAUGUCGAAUCUCAUCGAAGAGGGAACGCGAGCUCUCAAUUCGGAAGCUGACCUGAGCGCGAUGGACUUGGAAGAUGACGAUGAUUAUAGCUUUCAAAGUGCAAGAUUUUCACCGAGUAAGAGUGAUUCCCGUCUAGUGUCUGGUCAACCUUUGUCUCCCUCACGACUGCCAAGAAGUCAAACAACUGCAUUCACAUUUGGCAACGAAGCUUUGAAAAGACCACAGAAUACGCCCAACCUUUUCAAUUCCCAUUCAUCAACUUUUGAUGUUUCUACAUCCACAGCAAAUUCUCCCCGAUCACCUUUUUUAUCACUUGCAAGUCGUGAUCCAAACAGUCCUUACGGUCGUAUUUCUCGUCCGGGUAGCGUGAUUACAUCACCCACUUUAACAGCUCGAAAACGUCUACAUUGAACGUUCUUUUUACAGAUAGGUACACACACAGCUCAAACAUGUACAGUAUUUCGUUUAAUCUUGUCCUUUCUAUAUUGCUCUUCAUGCGCUCUGCCUUUAUAAUUACACACUUGCUGUACUAUCGAUGCUUCUUUUGUUCAAUCGAUCUUUUGAUACCCCCUUUACCUAUUCCUGAUCGGAACGGAGAUGAUCAAUGAAUUGUUUUCGA